AGUACUGGGCCGGUCACCUCAAAAACCACCAGUCGCGGUGCCCCCAAGAAGACGGGGAGGAGAGAGCCACUUCCUUAGCCCAGUGGAACAAUUAAUCAUAGUUCUUGCCGCCGCCCCCGGGGACACCCCCUGCUUCUCGCGUCUCGAACCCCGCAGAGGCCGGCCCCGAAAUCGACGAGUGGCCCCAUCUGUGGAAACGAAGUCCGGGUCCCGGUUCCCCUCGUAUAGGCCGAGGGCCGAGGAUUUGGCUCCGCCAUGGAUGACCUGUCGGCAGAAGAGAUCCAGCUGCGGGCUCAUCAGGUGACGGAUGAGUCGCUGGAAAGUACUAGAAGAAUCCUGGAACUGGCCAUUGAGUCCCAGGAUACAGGGAUCAAGACCAUGACUGCGCUGGAUGAGCAAGGAGAAAAGCUGAACCGCAUAGAAGAAGGCAUGGACCAGAUCAACAAGGACAUGAGGGAGGCCGAGAAGACCCUCACGGAGCUCAACAAGUGCUGCGGCCUUUGUGUCUGCCCCUGCAACAGGACCCAGAAUUUUGAGUCCAACAAAGCCUAUAAGGUGUCCUGGGGCGACGGCGGGGACACCCCCGCGGAUGUGGUGUCCAAGCAGCCGGGCCGGGCGACGAACGGACAGCCGCAGCAGCCGGGGGCCGGCGGGGGAUUCAUCAAACGAAUAACCAACGAUGCCCGAGAGGACGAGAUGGAAGAGAACCUGACCCAGGUGAGCGGUAUCUUGGGGAACCUGAAAACCAUGGCCAUCGACAUGGGCAACGAGAUCGAGUCGCAGAACAAGCAAAUAGAUCGGAUCAGCGAAAUGGCCGACACCAACAAGGAUCGCAUCGAACACGCCAACGCCAGAGCCAAGAAACUCAUCGACAGCUAAAGGAAACCGCUGCCUUCCUCCAUUCUCUCUCUUCUCUCUCCUCAACCCGCCCUUCUCCUAGACCACUCCCUUUCAGAGGUCGGGCCUCCUUUUUCCCCCCAACCCACUCCCCUCCACGCAGAGCGGCGGAUUGGCGGCGUCUCUGCUUUCAGAUAUCUGUCCUUGCCCGGGUGGGGAGAUUGAACCAAGUGCCUCCUAGGGAUUCACCCCCGAGAACUUUUUCCCCCAUCGUUCUGGAGCUGGAAGAGUUGCCAGGGAUCUCUGGGUUGCGGCAUUUGUUACGCAGCAGGGAGAGAGGUGGGGCCUUUUUCGCUUCAUCUUUCUUUUUAAGAAUCCCCUCAGUAACAACUCCGGCCCUCAACAUCAGGGCCCGCCUCAGAGCCGAGGUGGACCGGACAGCCCCCUCGGAAGACCAGGCUUCCACGGUCAAACCAGGCCCGACUCCCGUUCGUGGGAGAUCCCGGCCUUGCCCCGCGCCCCCCUUUCUCCAGCAUUCUUGGAAGGGAACUUCUUUUCUCCCAGGCCCGGCAAAGAUCUCGAGUCUGUAUUUCCCGGGAGCGCUGAUCGAAACCGACGGCUCCCUUUUUAUUUUUUAUCAUCUCCGGCGAGGCCCAGCCGGUCCCCAGCACCACCGAGAUAAGGAUUCCAGCUCCCUAACUUUAUUUUUUUUGGACAAAAGCCCCUCAGAACAUGGAAGCCUUUUGGGUGGGUGAUCACACAUUCUCUACAGCAAGUUUGAGACAGGUCUCUCGAAACGUAGCGGCCGACGCAGACUGGCCUCGGAGCCGGGGAUUACGACCCCCCACCUUGACCUCAGGUAACAAAGCAAAGAGCCAGGCCAUUUUGAUCUCUCCACACCUUCUGGCUUUUCAAGGACAGUUGGCAGCUCUCUCCCCCCGCCACGGAGGAGUGCGUUCUGAGCUUCGAUAGCCCCCCGACCCUCCGGGGUUUAAGGGCAGAUGUUGUUACCUCUAGAUGAACGUGGCUUUAACCGUGAAGAAAAUGUGACGUUUGCAUUUACCGUCUUAUUUUUCUUCACCUUUUGACGUGGGAACUUCUCCAGCUCCUCCUGGUUGUGAGAAUCCUUUACAGGGUCAACUGAGAACACGCGGAGCAGCUGAACUGUCCCCUUCAUCCUACCCGCACAUGCCUGGAUUGGUUUUGGUUUCCCACAAGCCAGUGGCAACCAUCUCGCCAUUAAAUUUUUCUUUCUGUAACCGAUGGAGUUGAGUAUUUAAAGUAGGUAAGCGGGGAGAUCCCUGAGGGGGAGACUUUUUCCCGCGGGCAUUAGCUGCUUUCUUGUAUAAUGGAGGAGAAACCAUCCGUCUCUUAAGUGUUCCCGUCCUCAUCCUUUAUGCGGCGAUCUUGGAAGCCCAGAAACAAAGUUAAAUUUUCAGUUGUCUUUCGCGGGAGGGUGGGGGGAGGCUGUGUUUUGGAGGGUUUUUUGUUUUCCCUGAAAAAAAAAAAACCCUGCACAAGAGUAGAGUUUAUUUGAAGUUAGGCCGGCUAGUAGGGGAAAGGAGAACGUGUUUGUUUACAAAAACCGGGGGACAUGGCUAAAGAAAGUGCAAUCGAGCUUUAUCGAAAGCUGAAAAGGGGUUAAACGUCUAAAAUGCGAAUAAACCAGUCUUUCAAGGGAA